AAGAGCAAGCCCGCAAGCUCCAGAACAUCGCAUCCGUCCAAAGGCAAAGGCGAGGAUAGCCCGCAGACAGCCGCCUACAACCCGCGCCAAAGCCCCCAGCGAACGAGCCCUUUGGUUACGAGCAGGACCGAUGCGGCACGGCGCUUUGGCGCAUCAGGCCUCCUGAACCAUGGCCGCUCAGAGCCGCGACUACUUCAACCGACAAGGCGCCGGCGCAUCGUCAUCUUCAUCCUCCUCGUCGCGACCAGCAGAUUCUUCUCUGCCAGACCCUGACGACCUCGCCGAUCUGCUUGCCGAUAACGACGCCAACGACGCCGUCUGGAGGGACGACCCCCUCGAUGAAGAGCCCCCGGAAGCGCUGAGCUUCAAGCGGAAGCAGAAACAAUCAGCCUUUUCAACGGCAACAAGGUUCCUCUCAAACCUGUCCUCCGAUCGACAGGGCUCGCCGUCGAAUCGAGGCGGUACUGGCAGCCCAGCGAGGUUCGCGCCGAGCUCUGGCGCAAGCGGUGCGGACACUCCGACAAUUCUAGACCCAAAGGAUGCUGGGCCUCUAGACUGGUACGUUGAGGGCCCAGGUCGCAGGGUCGGCUAUGAAGAUCUCACAGCCAUCGACUGGAUCUUCGAGUACACAAAGGAGCGACAGCGAUUACGGGUCCUGUACUCGAGCGCGACAGGCAUAAUCGGAUACUUUCAGCAGUUGCUCGACUCGAGCCAAAUCUGGGUCAUCCUGGUGCUCACAGGUAUUGCUGUCGGUGCAAUAGCUGCUGGUAUAGACAUUGUAUCGGACUGGCUGGGAGACCUGAAGGGCGGUUACUGCUCGGCUUCAACUGAUGGCGGGGCGUUCUACCUGAACAGGGCGUUCUGCUGCUGGGGAUAUGACCAGGGAGACAAAUGUGUGGGAUGGCGGCCAUGGGCGGCGGCCCUAGGAGUCAGCAAUGGAGCAGGGAAGUGGUUCAUCGAGUAUAUCUUCUUUCUGUGCUUGUCGGUAUCGUUCGCUGCCUGCGCUGCAUUCUUGGUCAAGGAGUAUGCCAUGUACGCGAAGCACAGUGGAAUCCCAGAGCUCAAGACUGUUCUGGGUGGCUUCAUCAUGCGCCGCUUCUUAGGGGGAUGGACGCUUGUCACAAAGUCAUUGGGUCUUUGCCUAGCAGUUGCAUCCGGAAUGUGGCUCGGCAAAGAAGGCCCUCUUGUCCACGUUGCAUGCUGCUGCGCAAAUGUGUUUAUCAAACUGUUCCCCACCAUCAAUAACAACGAAGCCCGCAAACGAGAGGUCUUGUCUGCAGCAGCCGCGUCGGGCAUCUCAGUAGCAUUUGGUGCUCCAAUUGGCGGUGUGCUCUUUAGUCUGGAGCAGCUGUCCUACUACUUCCCGGACAAGACGAUGUGGCAAAGUUUCGUGUGUGCCAUGACCGCCGCUGUCGUGCUUCAAGCUAUUGAUCCAUUCCGAUCAGGCAAGCUCGUGCUGUAUCAAGUCGAGUACAAGAACAGCUGGCAUGCCUUUGAGCUUGUUCCAUUUGCGAUCCUGGGCAUACUUGGGGGCAUCUACGGCGGGCUGUUCAUCAAGGCCAACAUGUUCAUUGCCAAGUGGAAGAAGGCUACACCUUUCAUGCCGGGACCAAUCGUCCAGGUUGUGCUCGUUGCCUUCCUGACGGCGCUCGUCAACUACCCGAAUUUCUACAUGCGGGCACAAACAUCGGAGCUCGUGCCCUCACUGUUUGCCGAUUGCGCUCUGGUACUCGACGACCAGUUUGGACUAUGCAAGACUGGUGCAGCGACAGCAAGCACCAUCGUCCUCCUGUUCUUCGCCGCCGGCAUGGGCUUCUUCCUGGCCUCCAUCACCUUCGGUCUCCAGCUCCCAGCAGGCAUCAUCCUCCCAUCCAUGGGAAUCGGCGCUCUGACUGGACGUGCUGUUGGCAUCAUUGUCGAGAUAUGGCAGCAAAGUCACCCAGGCUUCUUCCCCUUUAGUACCUGCACUCCUGGGGUGACCUGCGUCACGCCUGGAGUCUACGCCAUUAUCGGGGCCGCUGCCACGCUGGCAGGUGUGACACGCAUGACCGUGUCAAUCGUCGUCAUCACCUUUGAGCUUACAGGCGCCCUUACCUAUGUCCUUCCGAUCAUGAUCGCUGUCAUGAUUAGCAAAUGGGUCGGAGACGCCUUCUCGCGGCGCGGCAUCUACGAGUCGUGGAUCCACUUCAACGCCUACCCUUUCCUCGACAGCAGCGAUGAGGCCGGCGGCGCGCAGCACAUCCCGGACGUGCCCGUGGGCCAGAUCAUGACGCGGAUCGAGGACCUCAUAGUCCUCACCGCGACCGGCCACACCAUCGCCAGCCUCCGCGGCGUCCUCGAGUCCUGCGACUACCGUGGCUUCCCCGUCAUCAGCGACCCGCGCGAGGCCAUCCUGCUGGGGUACAUCUCGCGCGCCGAGCUCGCGUACAACCUCUCUAGCGCGUCCCAGGCCCCGCGCUCCCUCCCGCCCGACGCCGAGGUGUUCUUCAGUCACCAGGUCCUGGCCGAUCCGCAGACGACGCUGGACCUGCGGCCCUGGAUGGACCAGACGCCGCUCACCCUGCCGAGCCGCAGCUCGCUCCACCUGGCCGUGAGCUACUUCCAGAAGCUCGGCGUGCGGUACGUGCUCUUCAGCGACCGCGGCGUGCUUCAGGGCCUGCUCACCAAGAAGGACUGCUGGUACGUGCUCAACGGCGCCGAGGAGACGCGGCGCACUGAGAACUCGUCCUCCUCGGCGGCGGCAGGAGGAGGAGGGGGGGGAGGCGGCGGUGGCGGGACAGCUGGACACGGCGUCAUGGGCCUGCACAGCGGGCAUCGCGGACAGCAUGGUAUCGCGUUUGGCGCCGAGGGCUUGGGUCUUCUCGGGGUCGACGAGAACGACAACGAGGAUGAGGAUGAGGAUGAUGUCGACAAUGACAAUGGUAGGGACAGUGCUGGCGGUAACGGGCGACGAGGUGGUAGGGGAGUUUUGAUAUAGAGAAGGCGUUUAUAUAUAUAUAU